AUGUAAGACUUAAACAAAACUAUUUGUCUGAAUAUUUUAAUUCUUUUUUUCUUUCUAUAAACUCAAAACCUUGUUUCUGCUCAUGAAGGAUAUGCAUGCUCUCAUGAUUAUGAUGAUUUAAUUUAAGAAACACAAAAACAACUUAAUGAGUACUUUAAAUAAAAUCCUAUUAAUUCCUCAGAAGAUUAAUUAAAUAGAAAUUUAGGAGGUUUAACUACUUUACCUAUCAGGAUAACAACAGAUUUUACUCGUUUAACUUCACAACCAGGUGGUCCGUCUAUCACUACAGAUUAAAUUAACUAUUUGACUUCUGUAUCAACUACAGUUGUUAAUUUACUUUCUAAUUUCAUCAAGGUUUAACCAAACACUGUUAAUAAUGUAUUUAACAAAAAACAAACUUCUGACGGUACUUGUAUAACAGUAACUCCUUCAUUAGAUGAUUAAACAAAUGGUAUUCCUAAUUCUGAUCUACAUUUAUAUUUCAUUUUUAGUAGCGAACCAAAAGCAGGAUAUUUAGCAAAUGCAGGCUAUUGCAAUCUUUAACAAACUUCUACUUAUAUUAGACCAAAUUUCGGUAGAGUCUUAUUUAACAUCGCUAAUAUGAAGAAUUCUGGUACUAAUUUGGAGUAAUACUAAAAUGAUGUUAUGGUUACUUUGCAUGAAGUCAUCCAUGUUCUUGGAUUCUCUUACGGAGCCAUGAAGAACUGGUAUAAUAAAUAAACUAAUUAACUUUUGGGAUAAACAGCAGCUGAUAAUUUAAUCACCACUCAAAAAAUUAGAGGCUUAGAUACAAAAUUAUUAGGAUCUCCAAAUGUAUUAGCGACAGCUUAAAAAUAUUAUGGAUGUCCAACAUUAAAAGGAAUGUAAUUAGAAAAUCAAGGUGGCUAAGGCUCUAUAAACUCACAUUGGGAGAGAACAGUUAUAAGAAGUGAAAUAAUGACUGCUUCUGCUCUUACAGAAGGUUUGAAUUUGACUUUUUUCACAAUAGCUCUUCUAAAAGAUACUGGAUAUUGGGAUGAUGUUAAUGAAAAUUUAACUGAUCCUAUUUAUUGGGGAAGAGGUAAAGGUUGUGAUUUCUUUGAAAAGGCUUGUUAAAGUACUACUCAGUAUGAAGAAUUUGCAACUCCUGAUUAAUCAGCUUGUUCUUUUUGGGGUGAUGGGUAAGGAAAAGGUUCAAGUUCUGAUUCUUUUGGUGAUACUUGUAAUGUUAUUAAAAUUUACAGUAAUCGUUUAUGCAGCGAUAUAGCCAAUUAAAACAAUUAAAAUAAUCCUGCUUAGUUUAACGCUGAUACUUCGAAUGAUUUUUCAUAUAAUUCAAAAUGUUUUGUUUCUAAUAUUUAUAGUCCUAAUUCUUAAUAUUAAUACAAAAAUGAAAAUUUGAGAUGCCAUUUUUAUUAAUGUACUCCUGACAAAACACAAUUAACUAUUUAUUUCUCUUAAAUUCCAAAUACUUAAGUUGUUUGUAGAAUUAGUGAUUAAGGUAAUUAAAUGACAGUGGUCUAUUAAGGUAAAACCUUAGGUCAAGUAACUUGUCCAUCUAAUAUAGCAAGAUUAUGUGAUGACUAAUAGUGUGUUAAUUUUUGUACUUAUAAUGGAAUUUGUAUUCGAGGUUAGUGUUUAUGCAAUCCUGGUUUUGGAGGAGUUGAUUGCAGUUAAUAGUGUUCAGGUUUUAUUUCAUAGGAAGGAAUAUGUGUGGCUUCAUGUCCUAAUGGUACAUUUGGAAACUCUGAUAAUGUAUGUAGAUCGACUUGUCCAAAUGGAUAUUAUCCAGAUUCUGGUACAGGUUUGUGCAAAUAAUGUGAUUUUUCUUGCUCAUAGUGCUCAGGUCCAAGCAACAAUUAAUGUAAAGCAUGCCAAUUUUUAACAUAUUUAAGUAAUGGUUCAUGUGUUACAACUUGUCCAAAUGGGUAAUUUGCUGAUGAAGUAUCAAAGACUUGUUUUAAAUGUCCAGAUGGAUGCUCUAGUUGUACUAGUUAUAAUAAUUGCACUGGUUGUAAAUCUAACUAUAUAAAGAGUUUAACAUCAUGCAUUAAUUCUUCAUGCACUACUCCUUGUGCUACAUGUAAAUCUGCUACUCCAACUAGUUGUCUAUCUUGUGCAUAAAAUCUUUAUCUUUAGCCAUCAUCAAAUAAAUGUGAUUCUUCUUGUCCACUAGGUUACUAUAAAAAUUCAAUAGAUAUGACUUGUACUGCUUGUCUAACUGGGUGUAAAAACUGCACUGAUGCUAAAACCUGUAUUUAAUGUGACAGUUCUAAUGGUUACAGGCUAUACGGUAGCUCGUGUACUAUUUGUACAAAGCCUUGCGCCACUUGUUCUUCUAUAAAUCCUAGUUCUUGUUUAUCUUGCGAAAAUAGUUUGUACCUCUAAAAUAAUUAAUGUGUUGCAACAUGUUCAAAAGGAUAUUUUAAUGGCCCAAAUUACACUUGCUCUCCAUGCCUUAAAGGAUGCGAUGAAUGUUCUGAUGGAAAUUCUUGUAAAACUUGCAAUUCUUAAUAUAAACCUUUCACAUAUAAAAAUUAGCAAGUUUGCAUGAAUUCCUAAUCUUGCUUUUCUCCCUGCUCUACUUGUAUUGGUUCUUUCUAACCUGCAACAUGUGCAUCAUGUAAUCCAAAUUUUUAUCUAUAAGGUACAAGCUGCGUAGCUAAAUGUAAUUAAGGAUAUUAUGGUAAUAAAUCAAAUUAAACAUGUACCUAAUGUCCAACAAAUUGUUCAAAUUGUUCCGAUCCCUCAACAUGCUUAUCUUGUUCAAAUAACUAUUUUCUUUCUGA